AUGGUCAUGACAUACCCCAACGGCACCCAAUCCGAGCUUGCCGGCAAAGUCGCACUAGUGACAGGCGGUAGCCGCGGCAUUGGAGCAGGAAUCGCCCUGGAGCUUGCCAAGAAGGGUGCAUCUGUGGCCGUGAACUACGCCAGCAACCCACAAUCCGCAGAGAAAACCGUGCAGGAGAUCCAAGCAGUGGGCUCGCACGGCGCCGCAUUUCAAGCGGACCUGACAAAACUCGAGGCAAUCGAGAAUCUGUUCCAACAGGUGGUGGGCCACUUCGGGCAGUUGGACAUCGUGGUGUCGAACUCGGGCACGGAGAAGUUCGUGUCACUGGGCGACACCACGGUGGCGGACUUCAACGCGGUAUUCGACCUCAACACGCGGGCGCAGUUCUUCGUCGCCAAGAACGCCUACGACUACAUCCAGCCCGGCGGGCGCGUCGUGCUGAUGUCGUCUAUUGCCGCGGGCGUCGGCGUUCCCGGCCAUGCGCUGUACGCCGGCAGCAAGAGUGCUGUAGAGGGCUUCACGCGCUGCUUUGCCGCGGACUUUGGGAAAAAGCGUUGCACUGUCAAUGCCAUUGCCCCCGCUGGUGUUAAGAGCGAUAUGUGGCUCUCCAACUCGUGGCGCUAUGCCCCCGGCUGCGACCAGAACUCUACUCUCGAGGAGAUCGAGGCUGCCCUGGCCAAUGGCAGUCCCCUCAAACGCUGUGGUGUCCCCGCGGAUAUUGGUCGUGUUGUGGCAUUCCUGUCCAGCCCUGCUGGAGAAUGGAUCAACGGUGAGUUUUGGAAUGCUGAUCCUUUCGUCUCCCCCUUGAUACUUGGGCACUCAGCUGAUGGUUUGAUGCAGGUCAAAUUUUGCCUCUGA